AUGGCUAGAAAAAACGUGUCUUCUCCAGUUGUUAUCGGAACAGCAGAACGCAUCACCAGUCUUACAUUCAAACCAUUUAAAGCAAAAUUAACUCAUAAGCUUAACGCACGUGUUACAGAAAAAUUAACGGAUAACGCUUAUUUAAUGCGAGACAUAUCACGGCUUCAACUUUUAUAUCAGCAUAUGGUUCAACCAAAUAAGCGUUUGUCACCUUCACUAUUUGUGAAUGACGGCUGUGAUGUGGCAUGUAUUGCACGUGUUAGGAGGCCACGUUAUUCUCUCAGAAAUAAAAAUCGUCGUCUUUACAGGGCACUAGUAGGCGGAUUCAGUUUAAAAGAAGAUAACUGUUAUGCAUUUCUUGUUGAUUAUGGACAACAUGUUAUCUGUGAACCUGCUUCAAUCUUCGAUCUUUGUGGACAGGUGCCGAUAAUUUUUUGCAUUGUAUAACU